AUGGUUGGUAUUAUUGCUGAUGAAGCAAAACUUUUCAGAAAGAAAAGAGCAAAACAUAAGACAUCAAUAGGUGAGACAGAUGAUUCUUCUGAUAAAAUUGUCUCUCAUUUAGAUGAAUUUAUUCCAAAUUAUGGGAAAUUGUGGAUUCGAGUUCCACAUCUUGUUCAUUUGAACUUUUUGAUGUUCAUUGUUAGUUUGACUGCAACAAAUUCAGGAUUUGAUGGAUCAUUACUAAACGCAUUUCAAUCUAUGGAUGAUUGGAAAAAUGCAAUGGGUAAACCUUCAGGUGCUGUUCUAGGUGCAUUGAAUAAUGGAACUGUUUUUGGCUCUCUUUUAGCUUUCUUCAUUGCGUCUUACUUGUCUGAUAAGUUUGGUAGAAGACAUGCAAUUAGUAUUGGAAAUGUUAUCAUGAUCUGUGGUGUGAUUGUUCAAAGUUGUGCUGGGACUUGGUUGAAUACUACCGAUCAAGCAAUUCACAAUGACAAACGUUGUUUCGCAAUGUCCUUGGUUGCACGUAUAAUUCUUGGCUUUGGUGCUAUGAUUUCAGGUGUGGGUGCCCCUCCAUUGAUGUCCGAGUUAGCUUAUCCUUCUCAUAGACAAGCGGUCACUGCAUUCUUCAACUCUAACUGGUACUUGGGCUCCAUAAUCUCAGGGUGGGUUUCUUUUGGUACCCGUAAUCUGGGAAAUAACUGGUGCUGGAGAAUUCCAACAAUCUUGCAAGCAUUUUUCCCUAUAAUUCAACUGUUUUUAAUUUAUCUUGUUCCUGAGUCACCAAGAUACUUGAUUUCCAAGGGACAUCCUGAAAAGGCCAGAGAAAUCUUUGUGAAAUAUCAUGCGGGUGGUAAUGAAGAACUAUGUAGCGGAUUGAUUGACUUUGAAAUGUCUGAAAUCCAAUCUGCUAUUGAACAGGAAGUUAUAGCUGACAAAUCAUCAUAUAAGGACUUCUUCAGAACUCCUGGUAACAGAAAACGUUUAUUUUUGGCAUGCUUCAUUGGUAUUAUUAUGCAAUUAUCAGGUAAUGGGCUAGUGUCAUAUUAUUUGAAUAAAGUCUUGAACUCAAUUGGUGUGACUUCAACAACGGAACAAUUGAUUUUCAAUGGUGGGUUGCAAAUUUACAACUACGGUAUUUCAAUCAUCAUUAACUUGACAUUAUUCCAAAAGGGUAAAAGAAGAAUCGUGUUUAUCACGUCAAUUGCGAUGAUGUUACUUUUCUAUGUUAUCUGGACAAUAUUAUCAGCUAUUAAUCAGAAAAGAAACUUUGAGGAUAAAUCCUUAGGAAAAGGUGUGAUGGCAAUGAUUUUCUUGUAUUAUUUGUCCUACAAUUUGGGAUUGAACGGUUUACCGUACUUAUAUCUUACAGAAAUAAGUGGGUUCUUCUUAAGAACCAAGGUUAUCAACACUUGUCAACUUAUUCAGCAAUUUGCAUCUAUUUAUAAUGGGUUUGUGAAUUCAAUCGCUAUGGAUGCUAUCGAAUGGAAGUAUUAUAUUGUUUAUUGUUGUAUUUUGGCUGUUGAGCUUGUUGUUGGUUAUUUUACUUUCGUGGAAACUGGUGGAUUAACAUUGGAAGAAGUUGCUGAAGUCUUUGGUGAAAGUAUUGGUGAUGUUGAUUAUAAUUACAUCAAGGAGAAGAAUGCUAUAGCCACGGGUCACAUUGAAGAAGCUUCACCUCACGAAGAUAGCGCCAGCACCGAGAAAAGUGCAAAUCUGGUUUAA